AUGUUAGUGUAUUUUAUCAAUUCAUUUGUCUUGGUGUGUGCGUGUGUGAUAUGGUUCCUAUAUGUAUAUUUUCUAUCAUUGAUUUCCUUUUUCUUAUUCAUGCUUUUGUUGAUCUUUAUUACUAAUGCAGCAUUUAUCAUGCAAGAGGGAUGUUGCGAGGCUGUUUCUCCUCCUGAGGGCAACGAAGGACAAAGACGAUUUGAGCUGAAACGCUGGAAUGCCGUAGCUCUUUGGUCUUGGGAUAUUCAAGUGGAGACAUGUGCCAUUUGCCGUAACCACGUAAUGGAUCUUUGUAUCGAAUGUCAGGCCAAUCAAAGUCUUUCUCCAACUGACUGUAACGUUUCUUGGGGAGCAUGUAACCACGCUUUUCACACCCAUUGUAUAUCUCGUUGGUUAAAAACACGAAAUGUUUGUCCCUUGGAUAAUAAGGAAUGGUCAUACCAGAAACUAGGUGCGUAG